GCGAGGAAGAGGUGAAGAAAAGUCGGUCACUCUUGGGCCUCGAAUCGACCAGCGGAGGAUAUUGAUCAUCGCCGAUAGCGCUCUGCUCUUCCGCAUUCUUCCUCCUCGUGGCCAUCACCAUUGUCUGAACAUUUGUUCGUAGGGACGACAGCCCAGCUGCUUCCAUGGCGACCGUCUCGAUGGCUGCAAUCUCCCCCGCAGGGCUCGUGGCGCCACUGAAUGUGUCGUCCAAGAGCACCUUCGCUGCCUCGACCAAGGUGUCCGCGUUCGUGAAGAAUGUCAGGGCCAGGACCGUGUGCUCUGCUUCUGCCGAGAAGGAACAGACCGUAGGUGAGACCGCAGGAAAGAUCGCCACCGCUCUCGCCCUCGCCGCUGUCGUCGGAACCGCCUCUUUCGUCGCCCCCGAGGAUGCCAUGGCCGAUGUCGCAGGAUUGACCCCGUGCAAGGAGUCGAAGGCCUUCGCCAAGAGGGAGAAGAACGAGAUCAAGGCCUUGGAGAAGAGGUUGAAGUUGUACGGAGCUGACAGCGCCCCCGCCUUGGCCAUCAAGGCCACCGUCGAGAAGACCAAGAGGAGGUUCGCCUUCUACGGAAACGAGGGUCUUCUGUGCGGUACUGACGGUCUGCCACAUUUGAUCGUGGACGGAGACCAGGCUCAUUUGGGAGAGUUCGUGUACCCCGGAGUCGUCUUCUUGUACAUUGCAGGAUGGAUCGGAUGGGUUGGAAGGAGCUACUUGAUCGCCAUCAGGGGUGAGAAGAAGCCCACUGAGAAGGAAAUCAUCAUCGACGUGCCCCUCGCCACCAGCCUUUUGUGGAAGGGACUGACAUGGCCCGUUGCUGCGUUGAGCGAGCUCAGGACCGGAAAGCUCAUCGAGGACGCCUCAAACAUCACCGUCUCUCCCCGAUAAAUCUUCUCUUUCGGCCUCUGGAAGCUGUCCCAUGUGUAAAGACUUUGUAGCAAUCACUUUCUGGCAAAUGAGUCCUUUUUUCACAGAAGCAACAGUGUGUGUUGUGCUCAGGCCGUGUGUACUUUAAGUCGGUAAUUCAGUAGGUUUCGCUUCAAUCUUUGUUGCCUGAUGAUCUUGAUUAUCCUGCCAGUGGUCCGGUCAAGGUUGUUUGGUGAUUGGUGUCCCAAAUUCAAGGCUAGGAAAGCCGAUGGUUGAAGUGUCUCCAUCUGGCUGUCACGAUUAGGAAUAUCUUGCUCGGAGCUUCCAUUUUGGCUCCAAGAUGGCCUGUGUCCCUCAGCGCCGAAUGUUCUCGAUCAUCUGUUGUAUAUUGUGGUAUAAACUGCGCGUUAUCUGUCGACAAUUCCUCAAACACUGUCUCCGAGCUCUUUGGUGAAUGUCGUGUAAACGUGUUUUAUUAUCUCAAAGUUGUUUGUUAGAGCGAUCCUUACUCCUCGAUGAACGGAUAAAGAAUACAAUAUGAUAUGAAAGUGGAAGACCAAAUCUCUUGUAAAUGAUCUGUAAGAAUGAAAGUAAAC